UCGAACGCAUCGUGCCCUCUAAUCGGUUCCUACUAGCGUUGAUUGAUAGUUGCUAAUUAUUGAAACUGUUAUCAUUCAAGUAAAAGUGAAGUGAAAGUAGUUGGAUAUUUUUCGUUGAAGUUAUAAUCAAGUGCAAAGGACACUGAAAGGCCUGUAACGCCAGUUAGAACAACAAGUGACGUGUGAUUAGUAUAAAGUUCGAAAACAUGCCGCGACCAUCACGUGAAUCCCUCGGGGGUCAGAAGCCGCCGUUUUCAUACAUUUCACUGACGGCAAUGGCGAUCUGGAGCUCCCCGGAGAAGAUGCUCUGCCUCAACGAUAUCUACAAGUACAUUACGGACCGGUUUCCGUACUACCGAAACAACACCCAGCGCUGGCAGAACUCGCUGCGGCACAAUCUCAGCUUCAACGAUUGCUUCAUUAAGGUACCCCGUCGGCCGGAUCGCCCCGGUAAGGGUGCCUACUGGACGCUACACCCGAAGGCUUUCGAUAUGUUCCAGAACGGCAGUCUGCUCCGCCGGCGCAAGCGUUUCAAGCUGCACGAAAGCGACAAGGAAUGUUUGAAUGAAGAAUUCAUCGCUUUGGCAAAUAUGAACCGAUUCUUCAUGUCCCAGGGUGGACAGUUCCACGAUCCUUACUAUGCAGCGAUGCCAGAAAACAUCAGCCCGAAUAUGUUGUACUCUCCCAUUUCGCCGCCUCAGUCACCACCGGAAGCGCUGCGAGCAACCAGUCAAUCUCCCGAGCAACCACAAUCAGCUGGGCUCGGCGGGUUCCAGAGCCACGGAGGAGUUAACUCAGCACCCGUUUCCAAACCAAAGCGAUCGUUCACCAUCGAAAGUCUGAUCGGUUCGGACGACUCGGACAGCAAGGAGGAAUGCUCCUCUUCUGAUUCGGAAGAUUACUCGGUGCCGCUAUCGGCCAGCACGCAGAAUGCCCAACAUAUGGAACAACUGCAAGCCUCCAUCCACCUUAGCCAUCAGAUUCAGGCCCAACAGCAGGCUGCAUUCAACGAGUACGCGGCCGCUGCAGCUGCCGCAGCAGCUCACCAUCAUCAUCACCAGCAGCAAGUGGCGGCCGCCGCUUCGCUUGCUGCCUCAAACGGUGCUCCCUACGGAAUUCACCCGCUGCUGAUGCCGAUGGCCAAACUACCGGGACCGGCCUACUUCCUGCCAUCGUAUCCAGCACCGACGGGACCGUACCACCAUUUGCAGCAGCCGUCGGAACCGCAGUCAGUGGUGCACAUGCGGGAUCCUCGCAACGAGACCGCCAUGGUGCUGGGAUAGAUUCCCGCACCCCGAUGCCGACCGACGACGAUCACCUCAACCAAAUCAGAGAGACUUAGUUUGAAAUUAUAUUGUUCCCAAAUUCUCGAUUCGAUUCCGCGUUUAUUUUCUACAUGUGUAGUGGAUAGGAUUAUUUAUUAGCUUCCCUCCGGGAAGGAAAACAAAAAAAUAACACAACAAACUGCAAUAUUGACUUCGACCAGAAUUCGGUGUAACUCUCGGGAGAGCGGCUGGAGCCAUAAGAGACCUCGGAAUAGUUGUUGGAGUAUUACGCUCGUAUUUAUAAUAGUAAGAAGCCGUCGCGUAUUAUGGCUAGCGAAUAAGUAAAGAAGAGACUAUAAUAUAUGAGAGAUAGUUAUCGGAAAACGGAAAAAAUAAGUCAUUGUGAUGUCCUUAGUUAGUAGCCCCACGCAAUACCUGCCCUUCAAUAGUUGUUUAAGUUGCAUUAAUGGACUGAAUGUUUAUUUUUUAUUUUA